UCCCAGAAAAUUUCUCCUCCCACUCCCAGUUUCUCCCUCCUUCCCCGGGUCCUCUCUUGCAUCAGUAUAUUUUGGAGUUCUGUCUUGUUCAGAAGAGUCCCUGCUGUUGUCUGAAGAUGUCCUGGACUCGGGUGAUUGUCAUUUCUCUGUUCACCGCCCUGCUGAUCCUCGCCAUUUCCAGACUGGCAGACAGUGCAUCCGUCCGAGGUGACACAGACACACCCGAAUCCAAAGGGGCAGAGCGGCAAGUGUUCAUGCCUGAGGCGGAUGCUUCCAACUUCUUCAAACGCCGCACUCGCCGCUCAUUUCGGUACUACGAUGAGCACCAAGCUGAGCAGAGGGUGAGACAGGCAGCGAACGAGAGGAGGAGGGAGUACAACGAGGAGCAGAGGAAUGAGUAUGAGAACUACACCGAGGAGCUGCUUGACGAGCAAAACGAAAGAACGAGGGAGGUGAAUGAGCAGUAUCGAGAGUUUCACUACGACGGCCUCUACCCUCGCCGACACUGGUUCUUCUGAGUGUGCUGUUGGGUGCAGGGCGGGGCUAAAGGGCAUCAGUGUGUCGUUGCUCUCAGCGGAGUAGUAUUAACGUGUCACCUUUAACCGGUGGAUCCUUGACACUUUAUAUUUUUUUUUCAUUUUUAAGCACCUCCAUUAAUACUCAAGACACUUUUUGUAUACAGCCUAAGCCAUGUAAUAUGCCUCCAUAUGAAAUGUAUAUUAAAGAUGCAGAUUUACAAGCUGAAUUGUGUCAAAUUAAAGGGAGGAUACACGUUUUGCAUGAUUUACUUUAUUAGUUUUUAGAUGUACAUAUAAGCUGUGUAAUGUGUCCUUUCUGUCAGCCUGUUUAAACCUGAUAUGUGGGGCAACAGAAGCACCAAAUCAGCCUCUUGUGUUACAGUUUGACCUGUUUUGGCAAAAAAGAGUUUGACAGUUUGUGUUUGCAAAGAGAUCGAUUUCAUAUCUGUCAGUCAAACCAAUGAAUAAAGACUAUUUUCUUUGA